AUGGCUUCUUCUUCUUCUCUAUGUUCUUCAUUAAGUUUCUUGCUUGUUUUAUCUUUCAUGGCCGGCUUUGCAAGUUUAGUAAACGCCGGAAACUUCGAUCAGGAUGUGGAUAUCAGUUGGGGUGAUGGCCGUGGAAAAAUUCUUAACAAUGGCCAGCUUCUUUCUCUUUCGCUUGACAAAAGCUCUGGCUCUGGCUUCCAGUCUAAGAACGAGUAUCUCUUUGGCAAGAUUGAUACGCAGAUAAAGCUCGUCGCCGGCAACUCUGCCGGAACUGUCACCGCUUACUACUUGUCUUCCCAAGGACCAACUCAUGACGAGGUCGAUUUCGAGUUCCUCGGCAACCUCAGCGGCGACCCUUACAUAUUGCACACCAAUCUGUUCUCCCAAGGCAAGGGCAACAGAGAGGUUCAGUUCUAUCUCUGGUUUGAUCCCACCAAAGACUUCCACACCUAUUCCAUCUUAUGGAAUCCAAUCCACAUUGUAUUCUAUGUGGAUGGGAUCCCAAUCAGAGAAUUCAAGAAUCUGGAAGCUACAAAGGGCGUGCCUUUCCCAAAGAACCAGCCUAUGAAACUAUAUGCCAGUCUUUGGGAUGCUGAGGAUUGGGCGACAAGAGGAGGGCUAGUGAAGACAGAUUGGACUCAGGCGCCUUUCGUUGCCUCUUUCAGGAGCUUCAAUGCCGACGGAUGCGUCGAAGGCGACGGCGGUUCGUCCUGUAACUCCAAGGGUUGGAUGAACCAGGAGUUGGAUGGUGAGAGCUUGAAUAGGCUGAGAUGGGUGCAGAAGAACUAUAUGGUUUACAAUUACUGCAGUGAUGUGAAGAGGUUUCCCCAGGGGCUUCCUACUGAAUGUUCUGCUAGUAAUUAAGUUGGUAAGUAAAUGUUCUUUUGUGUGGAGGUUUCUGAUUAUUUGGUGUGUAUUGUUGUGGAAGUGGUGCUUAAUGAGAUUUUUGCGUGGUGGUGUACUGAGAGGAUGUAUUGUGCAUUUAUGAUAAAUUAGAUUGGUUGUAUUCAGG